AAGCGUCUGACGUACAAUUUAUUCGUAAAUUCGCUGGCGGGAGGCAGAGCGUUCGUGCUAGCUAAAGUGUUAUUUGUUUAUUACUUUCAGGCCAGUUAUGUCUCGAAUACUCAACUGUAUUGUAGCUGUUUGUCCAGACAUGGGAAUAGGGAAAAAUGGAAAUCUGCCAUGGCAUCCAAUAAGACUAAGUAAUGAGUUCAAGCACUUUCAGAAGAUGACCAUGACCCCUUUAGUUGAGGGUAAAAAGAAUGUGGUCCUGAUGGGCAGAAAGACUUGGUUCUCUAUUCCUGCAGCAAACAGACCUCUAAAGAACAGGAUCAACAUUGUUCUCAGCAGAGAGCUCAAGACAACCCCAGAGGGAGCUCACUACCUUGCUUCAGACUUCAGUUCAGCUCUCCAUCUGUUAGACAGCAGUGAGCUUGAAAAACAAGUGGACCAGGUUUGGAUAAUUGGCGGAAGCGCUCUGUACAAGGAGGUGAUGGAGAGCUCUGGUCCUAGGCGUCUUUUUGUAACAAGGGUCCUCAAGCAGUUUGACUGUGACACAUUCAUACCUGACAUUAACAUGGACAAGUACAAGCUCUUGCCCGAAUUCCCGGGUGUACCCACGGGCUUGCAGGAGGAGAAUGGUGUUCAGUAUGUAUUUGAAGUAUAUGAGAGCACUGACCAUUAAGAAGAUCCUUUAAGCAUGUUGCUAAGGUUGGAGAAGUGGUCUGGCCGGGUAGUGCGAGUGCUCGGAUAUUUUUAUGGGAGACCUGUUUUUAAACCCUCAUCACCUUUUUUUUUUUUCUCCAUUUGUUUGCCACAUUUUCCUGUCCACCUUCCUUCGUAAUAAAAAUUAAACCUGA